AUGGUUGUAACUUGUUCCUUGUUGAUUUUCUACUGGAUCUCAAUCAUUUACUCAGCAGAUUUGAAUUUUGAAAAAGCUGCUAACGAAGAUUCUGGUCAGCGCGAAGGUUGGUUUUUCAAUCAAGUCCCGGUUUUUUCUUGCUUCUGUUGUUGAAUGUUUGUUCUCAACUUAAAAUUUUCCCCAAGGUUUUCUUUAGGAAAAAAGUUCUUUAGGGUUAUCAAGCAAACAGUUCUAAACAUUUUGAUACCUGAGACUUGAAUUUAGGACACCUAUAGCCUAAGUUAUGAUUUUUUUGAACCUAAAAAACGACAUGACUCAAAAAAAAAGUGCACAGAAAAACUUGCUGAAAGCCAUUUCAUUUAUUUUGAACUCAUUUCAAAUUUUCUAGACUGCCUACCCCAACAGAAAAACAUCAAAUAUCACUUUUACCCGGAUUUGGUCCAAUCAAUCGAUCGAAAUGUCGAUCCUUGUGAUGAUUUCUAUGGACAUGUGUGCAAUCGAUGGAUUUCUGAGCAUCCAAUUCCGGAAGAUUCUUCUUCAAUCAGCCCCAUGGACGAGCUGACCGAGAAGGUUGGACAGCAAAUCAAAGGUAAGUUUUGAGAAAAAGGAAAUAGACCGUUUUAAUGCAGUUUUUAUAUUGAUGUUUUCGAAUCUUUGUUUAAAAAAAUAUGACUCUCAAGGUUGUCGAAAAGUUAUGAGUGCUACUAGUUGGAAACAUUAUUUUUCAUUAAUUAUUAUGGAGGUUUUCUGGCGAAGCCCCGUCCAUAUUUUUUCCGUAAAGUGUGUUGUGUCGUGUGCAUGCACCGCGGCGCUCUCGCACAUCAGUUAUAUUUUUCACUCUCUGGUGCCUUUUUCGAAUUUCGUGGAAUCCCUUUCAACAAGGUAUUUGUUUUAAAACACAAAAAAAAAACCAAAAACGCCGUGUAAUUCGUUGGACCUGGAUCUAUUGAGAAGCCCUACUGUGGGAUGAAAAAAGUCGCUCAUAAAAAUCCGAAAUAAAAAUUGUAAGACUAUAACUACCUACUUCAAACUGUUAUUCAAACUUGAAAACGUCUCGAUUUCCAGCGAUUCUCGAUAAUCUUCCUGAAAACUCGUCCCGUGAGUACAAACUAAUGAAGGAUUACUACGUAAAAUGCAAAAACCGCCGCGAUUCGCCAGACAAAUCAACUUUUAACACGAUGCUGAAGAAACUUGAGUGAGCUUAUUACUUCAUUUCGAGGAAAAGAAGUUAUAGAAUGACUCGAAAGGGAAAUUCAACGUUGCUGACCAACUACAUGUUGGAAUUUCUACCUCUGAAGUUUAUUUAUGACACGUCGGUAACCGUGGACGAGAGGAAUUCGAGCAGAUUCAUAUUACAGGUUGCUAGUUUUUUUUUUUGGGUUUUUCGGAUAACUUUGUUUUCCCAAAAUCGCCCUGGUCGCAUGUAGAAUGACUUCAUUCCUACCUGCCGAUCAGCAUAUAUAUUUAAAAAUUUGAAAUGCUGGAACUCUCAAUAACGUUUCCGAUGCUAUCAUGCGUUAGUCGUUUUCGGUCGGCUGAUUUUUCGUAAACCGCUUUUGAGCCGUCGAUCCAUUCUAAGUGCGAUCAUAUUCAUUCAAGAAUAUUCGAAAAUUGAGUGUGUCUCUCGGAAUUAAGUCCUUUAAGAUCGGUCCGGCCCCUUCCAUCGUCAGUUACAACGCUUACACAAGCAAUGACUAUGCUUACGAAUAUUUGGCGACUCGCCAACUUUUGAUAAAAGUCGUGAACCUUCUCAAAUCCGACGAUAUCCAUGGCAAAAUAUUCCACGGUUCCAAAGAUGAACUGAUCCAGAGAGUCAACGCUUUCUCGACCGUCGACGGCGCCAUUGCUCAGGUUAAAGGAUUUGACCGCACCGCGCCCGCGACGCGUCUCUUUCAGGCUCUCCAAUCGACUCUCUACCGACAAAUCACAGCCAAAAUAAAGUUCCGGAAGCUUUCCCGAUACGCCUCCAUGGUUUUCUUAGGUUUGCCUACUUGAAAAUCAUCUAAUUUCUGUUUCAGGUCGAUUGGAACUUGUAUAUUUCAAGUUUUCUAUCGCCUGAAAUGGCCGAAUUCGUGAAAAAUGGCGAAAUUCAAGUUCAUGACUUCCUCGGGAUGAUCGCCAUUGACAAGGCUCUGCGGAUGAUUCCGAAGAAAACCCUGGAGAUGUUCCUGGAUUGGACCACCGUCCUGCAUUUCGGCACCUUUUUGGACAGUCGUUAUCAGGAUUCUUAUAAGGUUUGCAGAGUGUUUCAUUUUUUUUUUCGAAAAUAAUUUUCUGAAAAAGUUCUCUGCGUUACGCCCCAACAUAUUUUAAGCAUUCAGAGUACUUUUUCAAUUUUUUUUUUCAGUUUCCAGCCAUAGAUUUUUUUUUUCUCGGCUAUUUUUUGAAAUUAGAAGAUCCUUGUCAUCCAGAUUAAAUUUAAGUUUUGCUUGGCAGUUUUCGCGUGUCUGCGUCUCUCUGUUCUCUCACCGACGAGGUCAGAGAAACAAGAAAAUAGUAUUAGGUUGUUUACUAAGUUUCUUUCUUUUUCGAAUGGUUUUUUCAAAAAAAAAUUUUCAACCAAAAAAGCGCAUCUUAGAAUUCUGUUGUUAUAGUGUUUACUAGUACAAAAUCUGAAGUUCAGGUUGAAGUUUAUUUUAUUCCUAUAACAGUAAACAGUAGAAAGAUACAGCAUUUUCUUCUAACUCGAAUAAUAUCGACUUUUGGAAAGUUUUGCGAAUUUAUUUUUUAUCUUACUUUUUCAAUCUUAUCAUUCAAACGAGUUACAUAAAAAGUAAACUGAUGUCGUGUAGUUUCUCAUAAAAGUUUUCGUUAGCUUCCAAAAAAUUUGAGAAAUGAGUUAAUUUUUCAAAAGCCAGACAAUUCAAAUUUAUGAUUGGCCAACAUUGUUGUAACAAUGCGCGUUCUGUUUUCGUUUGAUUUUCCCCAUAAUACAUUUGUAAUUAUCUAUCAGGUUUGAGGUUUUGAAAAAAAUUAUAAGCAUAACAUUGGCAACCGGCAGCUACCGUGAAACUCGAGGAUUUAAAUUUACAGCCUUUUUUCAUCAAAAAAAUGUUUAUAGCACGGGGGCAGUGGUUUCUAUCCACUCUCAAAUUUUCUGUUCUUUUGCUAUCGCUCAAGUUAAUAUAAAAAAAAACAAGUACAACGAAGGUCACUGCAGCCGUGUGUCAAAGAAGAAAAGGUUCAACUGAGUUUCUCCGGCCAAAAAUUUUUAGAAACCUCAGUCAAUUGAAAUGACAGUUCGAUGAACUUCUGGAGGCUCUGUGACGGCGUCCAACGUUUAGAGCUUCUGGAGAAGAAUUGACUGAUACAGACCAUGUCUGUACUAACUAACCACAAAAAAUCAAAAUCAUCCUUGAAGCCGUUCAUGAGAAAAGCGUCUAAAUGUUCAGCGACCAUGUCGUUGUCAUUGAUCACUGACCGAAACUUUUAAAGAUAAAAGAUUUUCAGGCUGGUUUUUUGUUUAAAAAGUCAGUUUGCCUACUCUAUCUGUACUUCCAUCCUCCCUCGUUGUCAUCAACUACAAAACAUUGAAUCAUAAACUUUUUUAGAAGAAACAGAAAAAGUUUUUCUAAGAGGGGUUGAAAUCGAGUUAGUUGCCCUUUUUGACUAUAUCAUUGCUCGUUUUGAAGUUAGGAACUCCAAAAUUAACAGUCAUGUUACCAGAUAGCUGAUGAUAAGAGUGGAAAAAUUGUUUGCUGUUUUUCGAAAAGUUAUACACCGAGAAACUUUCAACCGCAAAAAGAAAGAAACUUAGUAAACGACCUAAUACAUCAACAUAUGAGAGUCGCCGAGAAGUCCCGUCCUUUCAAGUGGCAAAAACGGACUAUACCUGAGUUUUUUCUUUGAGAAAUAUUUCGUAGAGAGCUGAACAAAAUAACAGAAUAAAUUUUCUACCUCAUCAGAUCUACCACAAAGAGACCACCGGCGCCACGAAAACAAGCCCCGAAAAAGAUUGUGUCGUGAAAACGAGCUUCUACUUCACUUCAUUAGUUGAUCGACUGUACGUCGAUAAGCAUUUCAGUGAAAAAACUAGUAAGAGACCGCGACGCGACCGCAACGCCUCGUUUUCAGGGCAGAAACUCACGGAGAUGGUCGCGACUUUCAAAUCUGCUUUCACCGAAAUUUUAAGUGAGUCCGAUUGGAUGGAUGACGUCACCAAGGAGAAAGCAAGUCUGAAGGUUUUUCUUGAGCUAUUCACUUUUUGGCGUAGUUUCAGACUUUUUUUUUUGACUUCGAGAACUUAAAACAAAAGAACAGAGCGUCUCGAAUAUUUUGAAACUUACAGUUGAGCAAAAUGCGACAUUUUGUUGGCUACAAUGAUGAUAUUUUCAAUGAGACAGCGAUCAGAAGGAAGUAUGAAAAGGUGAAUAAGUUUUUUUACUGUUUAAAGAUUUUCUUGAAUUUUAGCUCUCAUUCAGUUCGGACGAGAGCUAUUUUGGAAUGAUGAAAAAGAUGCUCCACUGGACGAUGAAUCUGCAAGUUUCUUGGUUGAAUACCACUCGAGAGGAAGUCCAUUUGGACUUCCCCGCGACAGACGUCAAUGCCUUCUACGAUCACUCGGCCAAUACUAUUGGUUUUUUUUGUGAAGAAACUUUAUGCCUUGUUCAAAGUGAUUCCGCGAAAUACAAAAUGCCCGUUAGAGAAAUGGGAAAUAACUAAAUUUUGGAAAGUCAGAGAUCAUUUUGCAUUUCGCGGAAAUUACUUUGAACACGGCAUUAAAAAUUUGUAAAAAUUUUUUGGAUGGUACGACAAAAUCUCAAGUCCGCAAAUCUCGAGGACCGUAAUCUUGUGUACGCAGAUCUAAAGUCCCAUAAUCUUGAAACCAAAAUCUUGGAGACCAAAAUCUUGGAAACCACAAUCUUGGAAAGCAAAAAAAUCUUCCCUUUUUAGUCUUCUUUAUUGCAUUUUUAUCUACUUAUAUUCUCUUGUUUGGAUCACAGAAUACAAUUUCUGAAAAAAAUCUGUUCGCAAAAAGCGUUGAUUUUUUUGCUUUCCAAGAUUGUGGUUUCCAAGAUUUUGGCCUCCAAGAUUUUGGUUUCCAAGAUUAUGGGACUUUAGAUCUGCGUACACAAGAUUACGGUUCUCGAGAUUUGCGGACUUGAGAUUUUGUCGUACCAUCAUUUUUUGCGCGUUUGGGUGCAGUUUUACGUCGUUCCGCAACUCAGUGCGUUUUAACCUCAAAAAAAAAUUUGGUUUUUGUAUUUCUUUUAAUUUUGUUCUCUUGUGUUCAUUGUAGAAAAGCAACAUGCUUCAAAAAGAAAAAUCAUGUUCAUCGUUGCUUCAAACCCAAGUUGCUUCAAAACAGUACUAAUUUUUGUUUUGGAGCAAUUUUUCUGCAUUUCGAAGCAAUUUACGUUUUUGCGAUGAACACGCCAUUGAAAUUUUUUCAUUUUUAUACUAUUUGAUAAUUACUACUGUCGGAGCAGUUCCUUUGAAUAUUUUCGUAGGAAAAUUUUUGUUUUUCGCUCAAUAUUUGAUCGCUUUCGUUCCAUACGGUCUAUUUCAUUUUUAGCCACAGUAAACUAGUCCAAAAUAAGAAAAAAGUUUUAUUGGAAAAUCUAUCUUUCAAUUUUUUCUCACAACUUUAUGAGUAUUAACUUUUUUUUUCCAUAUUUUAUUUAGGAAUUCUCGCCGGUGUUCUUCAAACGCCCUACUUCAACGAUUCCUUACCUAGGUGUUUUCCCCCCAUGAAUAUUUAAAUUUUGUCUAUGUUUCCAGUUUCAUAAACUACGGCGCGAUUGGCAGUGCGAUUGGUCAUGAAAUCACACAUGGGUUUGAUAAUCGAGGUUUUUUUUUUCUCGAAAUUCGAAGAUAAAUACUAUUAUUUUAGGUGCUGAAUACGACGAGAGAGGCAACAAAGUGCUUUGGUGGGACGAAGAAACGGCGGAGACUUUUUUGAAAAAAUCCCAAUGUAUCGCUGAGCAGUAUGGUAACACUGUAGUUGCUGGGAGCAAUGUGACAGUAAUAUUUUUUUCCAUAGUUUUUUUGAAUAAUAUAUAUUUUUUUCAGUUGGAUGGAUUUUUUUGACGAUCAAUGAGAAUAUUGCCGACAAUGGAGCGUUGAGGAUUGCGAUAAGGGUGAGUUUUUUUCAGGGGGUUUUUCUUGAGAGUAAAUGGAAAAUCAAUGUACUUCAAAUAAAAAGGUAAUUUUGAUGAAAAAAAUUUCGAAAAACCUUCGUAUUAAAAAAAUAAAACUUGGAUUACUUUUUUUACAGAUUUUCUAUAAGUGGUUUUUUUAAAAAUUUUUUUCACAGUAAAACUGUGAGAAGAUCAUCAAAAAAAUUUAAUAGAAUCUUAGAUUUUUAAUCUUCCAAAUUCCUUAUUGGCUAGUGUUACCUUUGCUUUUUAUUCUCUGACCUAUAUGAAAAGAAUUUUUUACCUUCCUAUAUUUUAGUAUUUACUCUAACCGACAAUCUCAUAGUGAAUUGCUACUUUCACGUGUUUUAUGAUUUCGCAGAAAAUUCAAAAGAUGAAGAAGACGCGGGUUUUUUUUCCCAGCACGGCGUUCCUAAUGGGGUGAGGGAAGCUGAGCGAGGCGUCAAAGUUUCUGAAUUCACAAAAAAAAGUAAGUGCGCGCUCCGAAUAAAAUGACGUCAUUUAACGUCACAAGUUAGGCUGAGUAUUCAACUUCAAUAACUUGUUUGUUCGAUCGCCUUUGGCUGCGUACUUGAGAUUUCAAUUUUCGCGCCAAAUUCUUUUUUGACGUCUUCCCACCCUAUUUGGGAACUCCGUGGCUUUGUCUGAUUUUACCGUUUUUAAAAUACCUGAAAUAUUUCCAUAAUUUCAUAUUUUAUUUUCAUCAUAUCAUUAAUCAUACUUUCCAGGCACUCCACCGUCACGAAUCUCGAUUCCGUCACUUGAUCGUCGGACUCGAGGACCACACUCCAAUGCAACUGUUCUUCAUGUCGAACGCUUUCGUCUGGUGCCGGGGCCAGCAUAAAGAGACUUUUCUGACGGACCUCCAAGAGGACGUCCACGCGCCACCGCGAUAUCGCGUCAACGUCGCCAUGAGCAAUCAGCCAGAGUUCGCCGCCGCUUUUAGUUGUCCUGUUGGGUCGAAUAUGAACCCUGAGAAUAAAUGUGUCGUUUGGUAG